CUGAUCAUGCAUGACAUCUUCAAGCAUCUGUGAGUGGGGUGUUGUAUUUAACUGUUGUCUAAAUUUGACAUUUGUUUUUUUUUCCUGCAUUAACUCUUGACUUUAAUUCUAAUCCCAAAAAGUGAGAAAUAAAAUGGAAAAGCGGAUGCUUCAAAGUCGACUUAUAAAUUUCGCUUCUAAAGACUAUGGCACAAAGAUAUGCUCAACUGCUUUAACAGUAGAUGGAUGUGAAAUUGAGAAUCUAAUAAACCAAUCACACAGCUCUUUUUACUGUUCAAAAUAUUUUAUGUCCGAAUAUUACAUCAAAUGUCCAGUAGAGAUAGUGAUGACUUUUCCUUGCCUCAUUGAUAUAUCGGCUGUUUGCGUAGAACCAAAAGUAUUAAGUCACCAGUCGAAAUGCAUCGAGGUGUUCACCGUCAUGGAAAGAUACAAAAGUACUUUUUUAGUUACUACAAAUUCACAAAAUAAUAAGUUAAAAGAAAUGAUUAGAAAAAGACCAGGCAUACAAACUGAAAAGAAUCAUUUGGAAUACCCCUGCACAUAUGUAAACGAUUUCACUAAGCCUGAAGUACGGCAAAGUAAAAAACCCUUUUUAAAUUUUGCUGGCAAGUAUAAGUGUAAUAUGAAUGAGCCACAACAACAACCAGAUAAAGUUUUAUUUGUGAACAGAAGUCAUUCUUUGCCAUUUCAAGCCACGAUGUCAAAUUAUGUGCAAACUGAGUUAAAACCAUAUGCAUCUACCCGUGCUUGUAGUUUUAUGGUUAUCCGUAUAACUUGGGCAACAAUUCCUGUGCUAAAAAAAAUUGAAGUAUGGGGAACACCUGCAUCGAAUAACCCUGAUUUCAUUUUUAAAGUGAUACAUAAUAUUUUUCAUCCUAAAUUGAAAGAUCCCCCAAGUGAAGUAAAAACAGAAAACCAUGAAUCUAAAAAAGUUGAAAUAAUAACUUCAGAGCCUGUUAAUACUGUUAUUCCUGAAGACUUCAUUGAUCCAAUUACGUUUUCUCUCAUGACUGUGCCAUUACUAUUACCAUCAGGAAAUAUUGUUGAUAGAGACACACUAGAAAAAUAUGUUGCAGAAGAAGAAAAGUUUGGACGUCUUCCUUCUGAUCCCUUUACUGGAAUUGUUUUUCAUGGUUCACGGAAAGCAAUACCGAAUACUAGUUUGAAGGUCAGAAUCGAUGAGUUUCUUUUGAAACAUGGUCAUUUAAUUAAACAAAGCAGUCAAACAUCUGGUUCAAAGGAAAGUUCGAAAAGAAAGACUGUUGAUUCUUUAAGGGACAAUAUCACAUUUACCAAUACUAGUAACACUUUGAAGAAAAGGAAAAUUUUUAGCAAUACCAAUGACUAUCAUGUUCACGCCACAAGUUCAUCUAGCAUAAUUGAUACAUCGAACACAACAACUGAGAAAAAUCACGAAACCGACCUGAAGGAUAGUUUAAAUUUAUCCUUGUUUCAAACUUUAUCAAAAAUUCCAAUUUGCCAAAAAGUUAAAAAAAUGGAGAUAACAUGUUGCAAAUGUAAAACCAAUGAGACAAGCAAACUGUUUACUUUUCCAUGCCUUCACUUGUGCUGUCGAGAAUGUUUGAAUUUAUUAUUAGACUCUCAGAAAGGAUGUUAUAAAUGUGGAAAGACUUUCAGUAGAUUGAAUGUUUUAAAGUUUAAUGGAUAAAUAUGAUGCUAUUUGUUUUGUUA